UAACCAAUCCGAACCAUACCGGAAGACCCUUUCCAUAUGGCGCGUAUACACCUAUUUACGAGUAUACCUGCUAGAGGCCAAGUCAGUCGAUACCAGAAACCGCAGCAGCGGAGGAAUCUACAAAUUAAGUCCCGUGGAAAAGAGGUAGGCGGGAAGUACAAAUUAUGGGCAUAGAAAAAUUAGAUGGCAUGGAGUCGAGCCAAGAACUAAGACCAGAUUGGAACCCAGAGGAGUCCAGAGGAGAGUGGAGGAGGGAGAUGAACCGCAGGAAGCAGCAGCCGCAUUCCUGAUGCCCCUGGAUUUUCGGUCUUGGAGGGGCAGAGGAAUGACACGCAUCCGGUUUUAAAAUUCCAGCGAUCGAAGCGCAGCAGAAGAGCCCGAAAAAAGGAACCCAGCCGAGGAAUUCAAACACUUGAAUCGGACACAGAUACACAAGAUACUGAGAAAAAUUAUGUGUUCGGGAACAUACAAAUUUCAUGCCAUAAUUUUUUUUCAUUUAAAUAUGAUUUCUAAAAAAGAACAUUCUUCCUGACCAACCAAAUGCAUUCCUUCUAUGUACGGCACACAACAUUGUGUGCAGUUUUUUCCGAGUGUAACAACUAAGGACAUCAGCGAUGCUGGCGACUCUGGAGCUGGACUACUUCAGGGCGGUGUCCCUCUACCGUCGACGGUCCUACGAGCGCUGUGCGGAGCUGUGCAACGCGCUCCUGCAGGCCGGUCACGAUGGCCAUGUCCAACUGUUCACCACCAAAGAGGAGGAGAAGGAGGAGCACCAGCAGCACCAGCAGCAGCAGGCGGAGCACAGCAGAUUCGGUAGCAAUUUGCAACGCAUUGGCCCUAGGCCAAGGGGAGCAGCUGGAGGUGGAGCCGGGGCAGCCGACUCUGGGCCGUCCAUCACGAUGCCCACUUGGCUGAUGGAGGGCGUGUGGCAAUUAAAGAUGCGCGCUCUGACGCAGCGCGUGUACGUGGACGACCUGGACGAGGACGAUGGCGGGAAUGAGGCCACCGAGGAAGUGGAGUUCGAGCGCAUUGCCACUGCUGCUCGACCAGGAAGCAGCAUAAAGACCGCUUUCCAGCCACGCCCCCUUACCAGUCAGAGGGCGCAGCAGGCGAGGAGCAGGGGUUCCGGAGUGGCCCGCUCCAGUGAUGGCCGCAUAAAUAGUUCCCGGCCAGGAUCGGCGGCAGUGGCUCGUCCUGGAACGAGUCUCAGUCGACCGGGAUCCUCACUGGGAUCUCGUUGCGGCACCGCCUCCAGGAUCCGAGCCACCUCGGCAGCGGCUUUCAAUGUAGGUGAUGCCACUUCUAAGCUGUACCAGGCAUCGCGCCUGAAUCCCACCAUAUACGCCGAACGGGAAACGCUGGUGAAGGCCUUGUUCCAGUUCCUCUACUACCACGAAGCGGAUGUACAAAAAGCCCACUCCCUUUGUCAAGUGGUCCUGGAAGUUGAGCGCCAGAAGCCCAGUGGGUCCACUGGAUGCACCUUGUCCUGGUGGUGGCAACAACAGAUGGGCCGUUGUCUUCUUGCCCUGCACUAUCCUCGAAGAGCGGAGCCCUUUCUUCAGCAAUCCCUGGCCAGCUUUCCCCACCCGGACACCUAUCUACUCCUGUCCAGAGUAUACCAAAGGAUAAAGCAACCCGAGCGUGCUUUAUUCGUGAUCGGCGAAGUGGUGGACUCGCGUCCCUUUGACGUCACCUACCGACUGGAGCAGGCGAGAAUCCACCAGGCCAUGGAGCAGCAGGAGGACGCACUGCAGCUGUACAGACUAGUGGCCAAGCUGCAUCCCAUCAAUGUAGAAUCUCUGGCCAGCAUUGCCGUGGGCUAUUUUUACGACAACAAUCCGGAAAUGGCGUUGAUGUACUACCGGAGGAUUUUGUCCUUGGGAGCCCAGUCUCCUGAGCUCUACUGCAACAUAGCGCUCUGUUGUCUAUAUGGUGGGCAAAUCGACUUGGUUCUGCCGUGUUUCCAAAGAGCUUUGGCCAUGGCUACCCAACCCGGUCAAAAGUCAGACAUCUGGUAUAAUCUCAGCUUCGUGGCGGUGACUUCUGGUGACUUCAACCUAGCCAAGAGAUGUCUCCAACUAUGCCUCACAUCAGAUGCCCAGCAUGGAGCUGCACUCAAUAACUUGGCUGUGUUAGCUGCUCAGUCCGGAGAGAUUUUGGGGGCCAAGUCCUAUCUGAAUGCAGCCAAGGAUGUGAUGCCCGAUGCUUCGGAGGUAACCACCAAUCUGCAAUUCAUGGAUGUGCAUUACAAGCUAUAAGUGCUUAAGUAUAAGUUACUAAGGCGCUUCAAAAUAAGAAACUGGAUGAAAUA